AUGGGGGGGACAAGGACAGGGGCACUGCUGGCGCGCGGCAUGUCCGGCAUGGAUGGCCCUGGGAGCCUCAAUCGGCAGCGUGGAAAAAAGAAAUCCGGCUUCAUCGGUCAAACAAGCAAGGCCGGGACUAUUGGACCCUAUUGUAUCUACCGGUACCGUACUAUGUCCUGCGAAAGUUUUCGGUUGCCGCCCGAGAGCGGUAAUUGCUCCGCUGACAAGGACCUGGACCUGGGGAUUGAAUUGGAUUUUUCUAGACGAGUUCAGAAAAGGCGGGCGGUGCGGGUUGUUGACAGUAUCCCCGAGCCCAGUAAAAUACAAAAGUAA